CACACAUGUGUACACACACACAAUGAGGCCUUUUGAUCAGAAUCUGAUACUCUAAUACACAGAAAAACAAUGGAGUCUGUAAAACUACUAUUCUCUAUCUUCCUAUUUCUCGUCUCAUUCUCAUCCUUCUUAUUAGGUGUUGAAUCGGACCAUGUUCACCAUGACAACUUGAAGCGUUUGAGACCAAAUAGGUUGUUCGUGUUCGGAGAUUCAUAUGCAGAUACGGGAAACAUAAGGAAGUCUCUCGCCGAUUCCUGGAAAAUGCCUUACGGUGUCAGUUUUCCUGGGAAACCCUCCGGUCGUUUCUCCGACGGCCGCAUCUCCACUGAUUUUCUCGCAAGAUACGUGGGGAUAAAGUCACCGAUUCCAUACACGUGGAAGAAUUACGCGGGAAAGGAACGGCUGUUGUACGGAAUGAAUUAUGCGUACGGAGGGACAGGAGUGUUCAAGACAUUCAAUAAUCCAUUGCCAAACAUGACAACUCAGAUUGAUUAUUUCCAAAGUGUCCUCUCUUCCGGCAACAUCUACUCUCCCUCCGACCUCAACUCCUCCCUUGCCCUCGUCAGCAACGCAGGCAACGACUACGGCACUUUCAUUCUCCAAAAACGACCCAUGAGGGAGUUCCUGGGAUUCAUCAAGAAAGUUGUUGAUCAAAUUGAGGUAAACUUGAGACGCAUCCACAAGCUGGGAGUGAAGAAGAUAGCAGUGACUUCACUGCAGCCACUCGGGUGUCUCCCUAGCAAAACCACAUAUACUUCAUUCAAACAUUGCAACGCAUCAGAUAACGCGUUCGUGAGUCUUCACAACACUUUGUUGCGUAGAGCCGUGGUUAAGCUCAACAAUGAGACCAAACCUUCCACUUUCGUCAUUCUUGAUCUCUACAAUGCCUUCUUGACUGUCAUCAAGAACAAGAAAGCAGAACCUGGGUUUACGAGGUUUGUGAACCCCUUGAAACCGUGUUGUGUGGGGAUUACAAGCAAUGACUCGUGCUCAAAUGUGGAUGAGAAGGGCGAGAAGAAGUAUACAGUUUGCGAAGAUCCAAAGACUUCCUUCUUUUGGGAUGUCUUUCAUCCAACAGAAGAAGGGUGGAGAUCUGUUUACUCGGUUUUACGUGAAAACCUAAAAGCCGUUUUGAUUUAA